AUGCAUUCUGCUCUCAUUCUCGCUCUCUUCUUCAGCGCUGUUCAAGCUAGCAUUUUCGACAGCAUUUCUGGAAUUGUUAGCAAUAAUGCUCCGGAGCAAUCUGAUCCCGCUAGAGAAAGUAAGCCUAUGGAAGAAACAAGCUUAGCUUUGUUGCAAAAUGAUCCAACUGAUGAUCAAAGCUCCAUUGACUUUUCUGAAGGCCAAUCAUCUGGUGUUGUAAUUCGAGCAAAGAGAUACUAUGGAUGCGGGUGCUGCUGCGGAUGCGGAACUAUGGCUCCAGCUCCAACUGCCAUGCCAUGCUGUGGCUGCGGAUGCGGAUGCGGUUAUGGAUAA